GGCUGAUCAAAAAGAGUUUUGCUGUCUUCACGCCGUCGUAAAUCGUGAAAAAAUAACCCAGAAUUUAGUGUGGCCGCCUUGGCUAGGACCGUUCCGGAUGACUGGCGACAGAACGCAGCAUCAGCAGCAUACGAAAGCCCGAACGAAAGUGUCGACUGUGGAAAUAGUGUAAAAAGUGUGGCAAACGCGAGAAAUCGAUCAAGUGGUGCGGUGGUAACAAAGCACACAGCCAGAUCCGCCGAUGGUUUGCGUGCGUCGUCCGAACGGAGGAGAUCCGAAAGAACGUGCCAUCAUCAUCAUCAGCGGGCUGUAGUAGAAGCAGGACCGGUGCCGGAUUGGAAGAGAGCGGCCAUCAAUGUUGUGACACACAGGAACGACGCAUAAUAAGGCGCACCCAGAACAGGUCGAACAUUUUUGGCCCACCGAUUGGCGCUGCCUAAACCGAGGUGCUGCACCAGCCGAAACACCUGCCGGCGGAGGAGAAGGAAUACGGAACAGAGAAUUAAACGCCAUCGCGCGUAUCGUUGCAUAAUCCACGGCACAGCAACCGGCGAAAGGGGUGUCGGUAUCGGUGAUCAAGCCGACCCUGCAACAGAGCGACGUUCUUGAAGAAGGGUGGCUUGCUCAACCGGUCGGAACCAAAAGCUGGAGCAAGGCGUACAUUUUUAUAAAUAUUGGCAAAAUCUGACCGAUUGACACUGCGGAAGUGGCGCAAGAAGGGAUCCUUCCAAGGAUCGGUGGACGAUCGGCAACAGCAGCAGUACGUGCAACACUCAGCACCGCCAUCCUCGACAGCGUCGGUGUACCGCAAGUGGUUCGCUAGACGCAUCGGUACUCGCUGGAACAAGGCUCACAUUAACGAAGCUCAAGAAGCGCAACAACGAUCCAAGUUCGUAAAAGGAAUUGCUAGCCCAGUGCUGAGCGAUAUCGCUACCGCUAACAAACAGCCGAAACAAGAAAAAGAAUCACCGGCAUCAUCGCUUAGUUCCAUUGUUCGUUCGCUAGUGGUAGCCGCCAAGAGACGCAGAAAGGCGACAUCGAACAUCACAGCAGUCGGCCAUACAGGCUCCAAGAAGGACGAUAGCGUAUCGACCAUAGAACAAGGCACCGAUACCGAGGAGAACGGUUACCGUAAAGGCCGUAGUAGUGGAGACGGAAGUGGCGUAGAUUUCCACUUUCUGACGCGCUUUUUCACUGUUCUCGGUGGAAAACGACAGCACCGGACGGCUGCAACAACGGGGAAGGCAUUUCUUCCGACAGAGGGCUUAAAUUUGUUUUUCUUUUUCUCUCUUCCUCUCUGUUUUUAACUUCUUUUCUGUUAUCUGCCACCUGUUCCUCUAUCCACGACUUUUCCGUGUUAUCCUUACAAACACAACGCGACCCCAAUGUCCGACAAUCGAUCGUUCCUGCCACCAAAAUUGAACCUUAUCAAUUACGAUACCAUCCGUCGAUUGUCUCGAUUUGCCUAUCUCUGCCCAUCCCUGCUAUCCAUGUUAUAUCCUUAUUCUAUUUUCCUCAUCCUUUUACUGUGAUAAACAUUACAAUCUUUCCUACAACCAACAAACCACCGCCCCGCCCCUUAAACAUCUUGCGACGAACAUGGCGGCGGAACCGAAACCGAAACGAUGUAAAACCUCUCAUUCUAGCGCGAUGGACUACGACAAAACGGUCGAAGCAAUGGAUACGCAGGAUGACAAUGAAAUCGAUCCGCCAAAUAUUCAGAACGCCACGAACCCGGCCGUUCCCCCAACGGCUCCGGCCAAUGGUGGAGCCCUGCCACCAAUCGAGAACAUUGAUGGAGCAGGCGAGGCAAUGGCGCUGGAUGAUCAGGACUACAUGAACGACGAGGUGCGCUCGGAGGCGACGUUUAGCUUUCAGAUUCCAAAAUUUAGCCGACUGACGGAAUCAGUGCUCUCACCUGCGUACUACGUUCGCAAUCUGCCCUGGAAGAUCCUGGCUAUGCCGCGGACCAACGAAAAUGCCGUCUCGCCCGGCAAGGGCUUGGGCUUUUUCAUCCAGUGUAACGGCGAAAGCUCGAGCAACAACUGGAACUGCUCGGCAUCGGCCGAAUUGCGGUUACUGCGUGUCGACCCUCACGCCGAACCCUUCAUCCGAAGGAUUCGCCACACGUUCUGCAUGCAGGAGAACGAUUGGGGUUUCUCGACAUUCAUGAACUGGCAGGAAAUCCUGGAUCCAGCUAACGGUUUCAUCGAGAAUGAUACCAUUACUCUGGAGGUGUACGUUAAUGCCGAGCCACCUCGCGGUAUCUUCUGGGAUUCCAAGAAGCACACCGGUUACGUCGGGCUGAAAAACCAAGGUGCGACCUGCUACAUGAACUCACUGCUACAAACGCUCUACUUCACAAACCAACUGCGAAAGGCCGUAUACAAGAUGCCGACCGAGGCGGACGACGAUUGUAAGUCAGUGGCCCUCGCUCUGCAGCGCGUGUUUCACGAUCUGCAAACCCAAAACAAGCCGGUCGGUACGAAGAAACUAACCA